AUGGGGCCGGGGACCCGGGGCCGCCGCCGCCGCCGUCUCCCGAUGUCGGCGCCGCCACCGCUGCUGCCCGUGCGGGCGCUGCCCCUGUUGCUACUGCUAGCGGGGCCCGGGGCUGCAGCCCCCCCCUGCCUGGACGGAAGCCCGUGCAUGAAUGGAGGUCGUUGCACCCAGCUGCCCUCCCGGGAGGCUGCCUGCCUGUGCCCUCCAGGAUGGGUGGGCGAGCGGUGCCAGCUGGAGGACCCGUGCCAUUCGGGCCCCUGUGCUGGCCGCGGCGUCUGCCAGAGCUCGGUGGUGGCAGGCACUGCCCGCUUCUCCUGCCGCUGCCCGCGUGGCUUCCGAGGUCCCGACUGCUCCCUGCCGGACCCCUGCCUCGGCAGCCCCUGUAGCCACGGUGCCCGCUGCUCUGUGGGACCCGAUGGCCGGUACCUCUGCUCCUGCCCGCCCGGCUACCAGGGCCGCAGCUGCCGAAGCGAUGUGGAUGAGUGCCGCGUGGGAGCGCCGUGCCGCCAUGGUGGCACCUGCCUCAACACGCCCGGGUCCUUCCGCUGCCAGUGCCCCGCUGGCUACACGGGGCCACUGUGUGAGAACGCCGCAGUGCCCUGCGCCCCCUCGCCAUGCCGAAACGGGGGCACAUGUAGACAGAGUGGCGAUCUCACCUACGACUGCGCCUGCCUCCCUGGGUUCAAGGGCCAGAACUGUGAAGUGAAUGUGGACGACUGUCCAGGGCACCGAUGUCUCAAUGGCGGCACGUGUGUGGACGGCGUCAACACCUACAAUUGCCAGUGCCCUCCUGAAUGGACAGGCCAGUUCUGCACGGAGGAUGUGGAUGAAUGUCAGCUGCAGCCCAACGCUUGCCACAACGGGGGCACCUGCUUCAACACACUGGGCGGCCACAGCUGUGUCUGCGUCAAUGGCUGGACAGGCGAGAGCUGCAGUCAGAAUAUCGAUGACUGUGCCACGGCCGUGUGCUUCCACGGGGCCACCUGCCAUGACCGCGUGGCUUCGUUCUACUGUGCCUGUCCCAUGGGCAAGACUGGGCUUCUGUGUCAUCUGGAUGAUGCCUGUGUCAGCAAUCCCUGUCACGAGGAUGCUAUCUGUGACACGAACCCAGUGAAUGGACGGGCCAUCUGCACCUGUCCACCAGGCUUCACCGGCGGGGCAUGUGACCAGGAUGUAGACGAGUGCUCCAUUGGCGCCAACCCGUGUGAGCACCUGGGCCGGUGUGUGAACACACAGGGCUCCUUCCUGUGCCAGUGUGGCCGUGGGUACACCGGCCCGCGCUGCGAGACUGAUGUCAACGAGUGCCUAUCGGGGCCCUGCCGCAACCAGGCCACAUGCCUCGACCGCAUAGGCCAGUUCACCUGCAUCUGCAUGGCAGGCUUUACAGGCACUUAUUGCGAGGUGGACAUGGAUGAGUGUCAGAGCAGCCCAUGUGUCAAUGGCGGGGUCUGCAAGGACAGAGUCAACGGCUUCAGCUGCACCUGCCCUUCAGGCUUCAGCGGGGCCAUGUGUCAGCUGGAUGUGGAUGAGUGCGCGAGCACACCCUGCCGGAAUGGAGCCAAAUGUGUGGAUCAGCCCGACGGUUACGAAUGCCGCUGCGCAGAGGGCUUUGAAGGCACUCUGUGUGAGCGCAACGUGGAUGACUGCUCCCCGGACCCGUGCCACCACGGGCGCUGCGUAGAUGGCAUUGCCAGCUUCUCGUGCGCCUGUGCCCCGGGAUACACAGGCACGCGCUGUGAGAGCCAGGUGGACGAGUGCCGCAGCCAGCCCUGCCGCCACGGAGGCAAAUGUCUAGACUUGGUGGACAAGUAUCUCUGCCGCUGCCCUCCUGGCACCACAGGAGUGAACUGCGAGGUGAACAUUGAUGACUGUGCCAGCAACCCCUGCACCUUUGGAGUCUGCCGGGAUGGCAUCAACCGCUAUGACUGUGUCUGCCAGCCUGGCUUCACAGGGCCCCUUUGCAACGUGGAGAUCAACGAGUGUGCGUCCAGCCCGUGCGGUGACGGAGGCUCCUGCGUGGAUGGGGAGAAUGGCUUCCGCUGCCUCUGCCCCCCUGGCUCCCUGCCCCCGCUCUGCCUUCCCCCGAGCCAUCCCUGUGCGCAAGAGCCCUGCAGUCACGGCGUCUGCCACAACGCACCUGGAGGGUUCCACUGCGUGUGUGAGCCUGGCUGGAGCGGCCCCCGAUGCAGCCAGAGCCUUGCUCGAGAUGCCUGUGAAUCCCAGCCCUGCCGGUCUGGCGGCACUUGUACCAGCGAUGGAAUGGGCUUCCGCUGCACCUGUGCCCCUGGUGUCCAGGGCCGUCAGUGUGAGCUGCCAUCCCCCUGUACCCCAAACCCCUGUGAGCAUGGGGGCCACUGCGAGUCUGCCCCUGGCCAGCUGCCUGUGUGCUCCUGCCUCCCUGGAUGGCAAGGCCCACGAUGCCAGCAGGAUGUGGAUGAAUGUGCUGGCCCCUCGCCCUGUGGCCCCCACGGGACUUGCACCAACCUGGCGGGGAGUUUCAGCUGCACCUGCCAUGGGGGGUACAGCGGCCCCUCCUGUGAUCAGGACAUCGAUGACUGUGACCCCAACCCCUGCCUGAAUGGUGGCUCCUGCCAGGAUGGCGUGGGCUCCUUUUCAUGCUCCUGCCUCCCUGGCUUUGCCGGUCCCCGCUGUGCCCGCGAUGUGGACGAGUGUCUGAGCAGCCCCUGUGGCCCGGGCACCUGCACCGACCACGUGGCCUCCUUCACCUGCACCUGCCCACCUGGAUAUGGCGGCUCCCGCUGUGAGCAGGACCUACCCGACUGCAGCCCCAGCUCCUGCUUCCACGGCGGGACCUGCGUGGACGGCGUGAAUUCGUUCAGCUGCCAGUGCCGCCCCGGCUACACGGGCGCACACUGCCAACACGAGGCCGACCCCUGCCUCUCUCGGCCCUGCCUGCAUGGGGGCGUCUGCACUGCCGCCCACCCCGGCUUCCGCUGCACCUGCCCCGAGGGCUUCACUGGCGCUCAGUGCCAGACACUGGUAGACUGGUGCAGCCGCGCGCCCUGUCAGAACGGGGGUCACUGUGCCCGGACCGGGACCUCCUUCUACUGCCUUUGCCCUCCGGGGUGGAGCGGCCGCAUCUGUGACAUCCGGAGCGUGCCCUGCAGGGAGGCUGCAGCCCAGAUCGGGGUGCGGCUGGAAGAGCUGUGUCAGACUGGUGGGCAGUGUGUGGACAAGGACAAUUCCCACUAUUGCGUGUGUCCGGAAGGCCGCACCGGAAGCCACUGUGAACAGGAGGUGGACCCCUGCUCUGCCCAGCGCUGCCAGCACGGGGGCACCUGCCGUGGCUACAUGGGUGGUUAUGUGUGCGAGUGUCCAGCUGGCUACACUGGGGACAACUGUGAGGCGGAUGUGGAUGAGUGUGCCUCCCAGCCCUGCCAGAACGGGGGCUUCUGCAUUGACCUCGUGGCCCGCUAUCUCUGCUCCUGCCCCCCGGGAACGCUGGGCGUGCUCUGUGAGAUUAAUGAGGAUGAUUGUGGCCCAGGCCCGCCCCUGGACCAGGGCCCCCGCUGCCUGCACAAUGGUACCUGCGUGGACCUCGUGGGUGGCUUCCGCUGCACCUGCCCCCCCGGGUACACCGGCCUGCGCUGUGAGGCAGACAUCAAUGAGUGUCACCCGGGUGCCUGCCACGAGGCACACACUCGGGAUUGUCUGCAGGACCCAGGUGGGGGCUUCCGCUGCCUCUGUCGUACAGGCUUCACAGGUCCCCGCUGUCAGACCGUCCUGUCUCCCUGCGAGUCCCAGCCAUGCCAGCACGGAGGCCAGUGCCGUCCCAGCCCAGGACCUGGGGGCAUGCUGACAUUCACCUGCCGCUGCAUUCCCCCGUUCUGGGGCCCGCGUUGCGAGCGGGUGGCGCGCUCCUGCCGGGAGCUGCAGUGCCCGGCAGGCGUCCCGUGCCAGCAGACGGUCCGGGGGCCGCGCUGCGCCUGCCCCCCGGGACUGGCGGGGCCCGACUGCCGGGGCUCGCGGGGGUCGCCGCCGGGGCCCGCCAACGCCAGCUGCCUGGCCUCCCCCUGCCUCCACGGCGGCUCCUGCGGCCCAGCGCCCCUUGCACCUUUCUUCCGCUGCGCGUGCGCGCCAGGCUGGGAUGGACCGCGCUGCGAGGUGCCCGCGGCGGCGCCCGAGGCCCCUGAGGAGCCGCUGUGCCCGAGCGCCGCCUGCGAGGCCAAGAGCGGGGACAAGCGCUGCGACCGAGAGUGCAACAGCCCGGGCUGCGGCUGGGACGGCGGCGACUGCUCGCUGAGCGUGGGCGACCCCUGGCGGCAGUGCGCGGCGCUGCAGUGCUGGCGCCUCUUCAACAACAGCCGCUGCGACCCCGCCUGCAGCUCGCCCGCCUGCCUCUAUGACAACUUCGAUUGCCGCGCGGGCGGCCGGGACCGCGCCUGCAACUCUGUGGUGAUGCUGGAGAUCGACAACCGGCUGUGCCUGCAGUCGCCCGAGAAUGACCACUGCUUCCCCGACGCCCAGAGUGCGGCCGACUACCUGGGAGCCCUGUCGGCGGUGGAGCGCCUUGACUUCCCAUACCCGCUGCGGGCCGUGCGAGGAGAGCCCCUGGAGCUGCCGGAGCCCAGCGUGCCUCUGCUUCCGCUGCUGGCCGCCAGCGCCGUCUUCCUGCUGGUCAUCCUGGUGCUGGGCGUCAUGGUGGCCCGGCGCAAGCGGGAGCACAGCACCCUCUGGUUCCCCGAGGGCUUCGCGCUUCACAAGGAUGUGGCUGCGGGUCACAAGGGCCGGCGGGAGCCCGUGGGCCAGGACGCGCUGGGCAUGAAGAACAUGGCCAAGAGCGAGAGUCUCAUGGGGCAGGUGGCCACAGACUGGAUGGAUACGGAGUGCCCAGAAGCAAAGCGACUGAAGGUAGAGGAUGCUGGCGCGGGGGCCGAGGAUGCCGUGGACUGCCGCCAGUGGACGCAACACCACCUGGUUGCCGCGGACAUCCGUGUGGCACCAGCCAUGGCCUUGACGCCCCCACAGGGCGACGUGGAUGCCGACGGCAUGGACGUCAAUGUGCGUGGCCCAGACGGCUUCACCCCUCUGAUGCUGGCCUCCUUCUGUGGGGGGGCUCUGGAGCCCGUGCCCACCGAAGAGGACGAGGCGGAAGACACGUCAGCCAGCAUCAUCUCGGACUUGAUCUGCCAGGGAGCCCAGCUUGGGGCACGGACGGACCGCACGGGCGAGACGGCCCUGCACCUGGCUGCCCGCUACGCCCGGGCCGAUGCGGCCAAGCGGCUGCUGGAUGCUGGGGCGGACACCAAUGCCCAGGACCAUUCAGGCCGCACUCCUCUGCACACUGCUGUCACCGCUGAUGCCCAGGGCGUCUUCCAGAUUCUCAUCCGGAACCGAUCCACAGACCUGGAUGCCCGCAUGGCGGAUGGCUCAACAGCACUAAUCCUGGCAGCCCGCCUGGCGGUGGAGGGCAUGGUGGAAGAGCUCAUUGCCAGCCAUGCCGAUGUCAAUGCGGUGGAUGAGCUUGGGAAAUCAGCCUUACACUGGGCAGCAGCCGUCAACAAUGUGGAGGCCACCUUGGCCCUGCUGAAAAAUGGAGCCAACAAGGACAUGCAGGAUAGCAAGGAGGAAACGCCGCUGUUUCUGGCCGCCCGAGAGGGCAGCUAUGAGGCUGCCAAGCUGCUGCUGGACCACUUCGCCAACCGCGAGAUCACAGACCACCUGGACAGGCUGCCGCGGGAUGUGGCCCAGGAGCGGCUGCACCAGGACAUCGUGCGCUUGCUGGACCAGCCCAGUGGGCCCCGGAGCCCUCCCGGCCCGCACGGCCUGGGGCCCCUCCUCUGCCCGCCGGGGGCCUUCCUCCCAGGCCUCAAGGUGGCACAGUCUGGGGGCAAGAAGAGCCGGAGGCCGCCGGGGAAGGCGGGGCUGGGGCCGCAGGGCGCCCGGGGGCGGGGCAAGAAGCUGACGCUGGCCUGCCCGGGUCCCCUGGCCGAGAGCUCGGUCACGCUGUCGCCCGUGGACUCGCUGGACUCCCCGCGGCCCUUCGGCGGGCCCCCCGCGUCCCCUGGCGGCUUCUCCCUCGAGGGGCCCUACGCGGCUGCCACCGCCACGGCCGUGUCCCUGGCGCAGCUCGGGGGCGCGGGCCGGGCCGGUCUAGGGCGCCAGCCCCCCGGGGGCUGCGUGCUCAGCUUGGGUCUCCUGAACCCCGUGGCCGUUCCCCUCGACUGGGCCCGGCUGCCUCCACCCGCCCCGCCGGGCCCCUCGUUCCUGCUGCCGCUGGCACCGGGACCCCCGCUGCUGAACCCCGGGACCCCCGUGUCGCCCCAGGAGCGGCCCCCGCCCUACCUGGCGGCCCCGGGACACGGCGAGGAGUACCCGGCAGCCGGCGCCCACAGCAGCCCCCCCAAGGCCCGCUUCCUGAGGGUCCCGAGCGAGCACCCUUACCUGACCCCGUCCCCCGAGUCCCCCGAGCACUGGGCCAGCCCCUCACCCCCCUCCCUCUCGGACUGGUCAGACUCCACGCCCAGCCCAGCCACGGCCACCGGGCCCGCGGCCACAGCCGCUGGGGCACUGCCCGCCCAGCCGCUGCCCCUUUCCGUCCCGGGCCCCCUAGCUCAGGCCCAGACCCAGCUGGGGCCCCAGCCCGAAGUCACCCCCAAGAGGCAGGUGUUGGCCUGAGCCUUCAGUUCCUGGGUUUUGGGGAGCUGAACAGACAUCCUGUGCUGAUUCUCUCUGGCUCCCUGCUUCCUUUUUAGACCUUUCCAUUCUCUCCACCAGCUUCCUGGCACCGGUUCCCCCCGCCCCCCCUGAAGUGUGGCUGAGAUAGGUGAGCAGCCUAGGCUUUCAGUCCUGCUUUAUUUAUAGGGGGUGCUGGCUGACUCCCCCCACCCCCUGGGUCUUGUGAUGAGCCUGGGACCUCCUCCCGCACCCUUCCCCCCUCCCCCUGCUUCCUCCCCUCCUCCCUCUCCUGCCUCCUCUGGUCUCUCUCCUUACACUCGACACGAGUGAAUUAUUAUUAUUAUUUUUUUUUACAUUUUGUAUAGAAACAAAUUCAUUUAAACAAACUUAUUAUUAUUAUUAUUUUUUACAAAGUAUAUAUAUGGAGACACCCCCUGCCCCCUGCACACCCCCCAGUGCCCCCGCGGGGCUGAGUCUGUGGGCCCGUUCGGCCAAGCGGGAUCCCGUGUACCGAGUACACAACCCUGGUGUGUACCAAGUAGGCAUCCUUGGGCGCACCCUCCGGGGCAGGGGUUGAGUGAGACUCGGGAGCCUGUUUCCUCCCCCACGUCCCUCACUUCACUGCAUUCCAGAUGAACUUGUUCUAUAGCUUUGCUGAGGGGGAGGGCUCUUCCGGUCCAGAGAGCCCGCCCCAGGUCCCCCCCAACCCUAGAGCCUGGGCCACCUCCCUUGGGGAGCUGGGUGGGGGUGGCUGGUGAGAACGUGAGGACCAGGGGAGAUGUGUGCGUGUCACUUAGUCUCCCUCUAAAUAUGGGACCACAGGAAGGGAAUGAGCUGCCUGGUGGCACACACCCCCCCCCCACUCCCCUGGCCCAGCCCUGGGGGGGCAAAAUAGAAGUAUUUUUAGGCUAUUUUUGUAAUGUGGCUCUGGUCACUAUCCCUGUGUAGCUCAAUUCCCUUGCGUUGUACAGCCCCCAGUCCCCUCAGCACCUAAUAAAGGAAUAGUUAACACUCA